AUGGAGGAGGCGGAAGCUCCUCUCCCCUUCCCCACGGAGAAGCUCUCCAUGGAUCCAAAUCGGGAUGUGGGGAAUCGAGGUGGCGUCGUGCUGGUGGCCACCGGGAGCUUCAAUCCCCCCACCUACAUGCACCUGCGCAUGUUCGAGCUGGCGAAGGACGAGUUGCAGCAGCGAGGGUACUGUGUUUUGGGUGGGUACAUGUCCCCGGUGAACGAUGCGUACAAGAAGAAGGACCUCUUGCCGGCUGCUCACCGGGUUCGCCUCUGCGAAUUGGCAUGUGGAAGCUCGUCUUUCGUGAUGGUUGAUCCCUGGGAGGCAAUGCAGAAAGGUUAUCAGCGCACCUUGACCGUUCUCUCGAGAGUUAAGAACUCUCUGUGCAAGGACGGUUUAGCUGAUCAAGGUAAUCUCAAGGUAAUGCUUUUAUGUGGUUCUGACCUGCUUGAAUCAUUCAGCACACCAGGGGUUUGGAUUCCAGAUCAGGUUAGGUCCAUAUGUAAAGACUUCGGUGUUGUUUGUAUACGUAGGGAAGGGAAAGAUGUUCAGAAGCUAAUAUCCAACAGCGAGACGCUGCAAGGAUGCAGGGAUAACAUCAUUUCGGUUGAUGAGAUUGUGCCAAAUCAGAUCAGUUCAUCCAGAGUAAGAGAAUGUAUAAGAAAACAUCUCUCAGUAAAGUAUCUUACUUGCGAUGAGGUAAUCGAGUACAUUAGAGAGCACAAACUGUACAUGGAAACUGAAGAGAGUGGUACCAGAUCAUGA